AUGACGUUCCCUUUGCCACUCGACUACUUCCCUCCCCUGCGUCUAAGUGCUCGAGAAGCGCAGUCGUUCCUUCAAUGGGGCGAUUCCCUCCUUGAGCAAACCUUGGACGCUUACCAUCAGGAGCAAUACGAGAGUCAAGAGAGUCGCGAGAGCAAGUGGAAACCUAUUAAACAGCGCCACGACCUGACGGUUUACCGACGUCGGAAGGUCACGAGUGACAACGAGUACAAGUAUCUAUUAACUGGUCGCAUGGACGGCACGCUGGACGAAGUGGUUAUGGGGAGGUAUGCGGACAACACCCCGGACUUUCGUCGCCUAUCAGGCGUUUAUCGUCAAGAUAUUGUCGACUGUGCCGUGCUAGGCGUGAUCAAGACCCGGAGUCCAGAGAACCCCUUCUUUCUCUCGUGUUUCAAGUGGAUGACGGUCGAGUCCCCGAGCAAAGCACUGGUCAAGAAACGAGACGUGUGCUGGUACGAACAGGUGGGGAUGACCCGGGACCGCCAUGGCAAAGAGAUGGGGUACACCUUGACGGAAUCCGUGGAGCUCCCGACGUGUCCGCUCUUUCACGAGUGCGUGCGGGCCAAGCUCUCGGUGUGCUACUUGUACAAGCGCAACAGUAGUGGCGGGGUCAAGAUCUUUAUGCGUGGCAGGAAUGAUGCAGGAGGGAACGUUGCAGAAUGGGUGACGGACCUCAAGUCCGCUGACCUCUGGCUCCGGAUUGAACAGGCGAUUCCAGUGGCUCAUGCUGUCAUUGCGACGGCGCUGGUGAAAGCAGCGAGACACGUGGUGCAUCGCCCAGGGGCCACGCACGGCAAGUGUGAGGUGUGCUUCACCAAAGCCUCGAGACUCUUGAGCUCGUCCAAGAAUUGUGCGGUUUGCCACCGUCUCACGUGCUCCACUUGCGUCACCAAGGUGCGCGUCCUCAACUAUUACGACUUUCGCGUGCCGCAUUUCACGCACUUUUGCAAGAAGUGCACGUGCUUGAUCCACCAAUUUGACCUGCGCGCCCAACAGAGCGACCAGAAUCUCGUGCGAAACACUGUCGCGUCGUUGACGGGAUCCGAGAGCUCGGGAAAUAGCAGCGAGCGAGCAGAAGGAGAGCGUCUGUACCGCAGUGCAGCAUCUAGGGCCAGCAAUGAUAGCUGCACUGGCGUCUCGUUCUCUCAACCUAUCGUUGGUGUGGAUUACGAGGUUCGGAAGGACGAAGGUGGUUAUUACGCACACUCGCGACAACCAGCUCCGAAGCAUCCUGGCCGUUCCGAGUACCACAAUCUCGUUAAGUCGAGUUCCUCAUCGUUGUCUGCAGUGCCUGUACCAAGGAGCAAUGGACUGUACCCGCACGAUGAAACAGGUUAUUGCCCAGGUCUUUAUGGAGGACAGCAGCGCCGUCACAGCCAUGAACCGCCGCGCACCACCGUGGAUCAGUACUAUGCAGGACGUGACUCGGAGACGCCUUUGAUCUGGUCGGACGACGUAUCCCGAGCAAGCAGCGGCCACACGGAUAACAGUAUUUUCAGCAGCCCCCCUACGUGUUACCGCAGUGCUUCAGGCUCAAGUGCGGAUUUGCUGAUCACGCCGAUGCUGAAAAUGAACCUCAUUGCUGAGCAGUCUCCUCCAGCAGAUCCAAGACAACCUCAAGAUGGUCCGUCAACACAAAAGCCGCGUUUUGGGCGCUAG